AUAAAAAAGAGAUCUUUUUAUAAGAACUCUUCCAAGGAUUAUUUCGUUAUUAUUAUUUCUACAAUCUAAAGAGACAGAGCAAUGGGAAAAACAGAGCAAAAUUCAGUUCUUUUAGUCCCAAUUUUCUUCUUUUUAUUGACAAUAUCAUUGCCUGUCUCUGUUUAUGCCAAGAAACCAGUGGCGAUUCCUCGAAAAGAAGACAUUCCUUAUAUUAAAUGUCAAGUUUGUGAGAAGAUAGCAUCACAGUUGGUUCAACAAGUUCAAUCGAAACAAACCCAGAUCUCUCCCAAGAAGAUCUCAGAAUAUCAAAUCAUUGAGAUUGCGGAGAAUGUUUGCAAUUUGAAGAAAGAAGAAGCUGAUUGGAUUUUGAAGAUUGAUAUAGUUGAACAAGGGGAUAAAUUAGAGCUAGUGGAACAAAAUGCUGAAGGGAUUUGCAAUACAGAGUGUAAGACAAUUGAGAGAACUUGUCAAGAGGUUAUGGGGUAUUCUGAUACUGAUGUUGCUGAAUAUAUAUACACGUCGAAACCUGAUGUUGAGUCAUUGACGAAUUAUCUGUGUAAAGACUUAACUAAGGCAUGCAAAACCAAGCCUCCCCCACUACCAAAGGAUAGGACUCCGGGAGAACCUUUUGUACCGAAACCAACUAAAGAGGCUGAAAUGGAAAAGAUGUUACGAUCCAUGGAGGGUAUGCCAGGAGCACCCAACAUGCAAAUGUAUUCAAGGGAGGAGCUAAUGAACAUGAAGAAUUUCGGUGGAGAUGCCGACGAUGAUGAAGAUGAAGACGAGGACCAAUUUCCAUCGAAUUUGGGAAAAGUGUUGAGAGACAAAGAAAGUAAACAAACCGAUUGGAAACAAAAGAUCAUCAAAGGUGUAAAAGAUGCAGGUGAAACAUUGAAGAGACAUGCAACUAAGGUGUCUUUUAGGGUACAAAAAUGGUGGAAAGGAUUUAAAGCUGCUCAAUCAAAGUCCGGUAAGACAGAACUUUAAGACACCAACAAAAUCGUGAGUUCAAGGAAUACGAGUUGUUAGCAUGUUCUGUUUUCGUGUUUUCUUCCAUUGCAUUAAUAUGUUCGGAAGAAUUUGAUUACGUAGAAAGUCGAGUUCGAGGAAGGUUUACGAGUGUCUUUCCCCGUAUUUUGGGAAGUUUUGAUGAUUUCAUUUCAUCCAUUAGAACUCUGUGUUUAACUAGUGUCACCAAGUAGCAAAACUUCUUUUUUUGCUGAUUAUAAAUACACAAUCUGUUGGAACUC